UUGAAGGGUAGUUGUGCGGCUGCGCAGUGAGCGGAGUGAAGAUGGCGGAGAGUGACUGGGACACGGUGACGGUGCUGAGGAAGAAGGGGCCGAGUGCGGCGCAGGCCAAGAGCAAACAGGCAGUCACAUUGGCCCAACGCAGAGGAGAAGAUGUAGAGACUACAAAGAAAUGGUCUGCAGGACAAAAUAAGCAACACACCAUCACUAAGAACACCGCGAAACUGGACCGGGAAACCGAGGAACUGCACCAUGAGCGUGUCUCACUCACAGUCGGCAAGUUGAUCCAACAGGGCCGACAGAACCUGGGGAUGAACCAGAAGGAUCUGGCCACAAGAAUCAGUGAGAAACCCCAGGUCAUUGCUGAUUAUGAGUGUGGGAAAGCCAUUCCCAACAACCAGGUCCUUGGCAAGAUUGAAAGAGUACUCGGCCUCAAGCUGCGAGGGAAGGACAUCGGGCUACCCCUGGAGAAGGGCCCAAAGAAAAAAUGAGGACAAAGCCUCGAAAUCAGUUCUGUCUUUGAACUGGUCUCCCCUGGCUUCCUUCACCAGUCAGAAUGGCGUAUUGUCACCUUCAAUACGGAAAGGAUCGUGAUCUGCCCCCAGCUGAGUAACUCUAAUUGAUUCGCUGCCGGCAUUCUAUUUCGCCCAAAGAAAAGCUUAGUUUCUGAAAUUCUGUCUGAUUCCCAGGCAUGGUUUUGAAUGCGAUUAAUCUCUAACCAAGGACAGAAGUGUGAAAACUUUAUUUGUGUUAAUUCCCCUUUCCACAAGUACACCUCUGACUGGGUGCAUAUAUUAUUUCCUUUCACUUUUCUCUGUUCUUUCCUUUCUCCCUGUAAGUUCUUGUAGAAAUAAAGUUUAAGCCUUUGGA